AGCUUCAAAAAAUUUUCAAAAAUGUUACCGUGAACACCCCUCAUGUAAAGCUCCCAUGUAAAAGCUUCGUUGCUAACCGUGCUUGACAAAUCAAUAGGGAGCUUUUGUCUCAGUCAUUCACAACGCAACAACAGGAUAACUCAUCGCAGCGACCAAAAAGAAAAAGAAAACGAAAAGGGAGAAUUAUUAAAUUUUGAAACAUAUUUACACAAUAAACGAAUGCCAUAAGAUAUUCAUAAAGUGUUUUUCGGCGGAACAUCUGUGCGCAUCAAACACGCAGUAAAAAACGCUGCUGGAAUAACUUUGUGGAUUCACAUUCAUUAUAUACGUAUGUUGUUGUGUGGGCAGCAGCUUUUAAGCCUUCACUUUUUGGAUAUCUAUUUUUAUUGCUGCUUCAACUGAAUUCGAAUUACAGUAGACAGCACAAUGCGUGGAUUAGUCGAGGAUGCAAAAAAGACAAAGCUCAACAACAACAACAAUAACAGUGUGACCAGAGCAAAGUCGGGCAUGUCAUCGACUACAAGUGCAGCAAGUUCGUCGUCCAGGCAAAUGAAAGGCGUCAUUAAAACGCCAACAACAGCAACAACAACGUCCGUUGGCGUAAAGAAAACGCCACAAAGUAUGCAACAACAAGUCGGCAAGUCGACCAAGUCGGCUGCGUCAUCGACUGCAAUGCAAGCAGCGGCAACAACAACAGGAACCACCACAGAAAGCAGCUCGAAUGCAAAGACAGCAACAGCAAAAGCACAAAAGGGUCAGAAUCAACCCCAACAGCAAUCGACGACCGCAGUGACAGUGACACCCACCGUCGCACCCGCUUCCGCUCCCGCCCCCGUUUUGCCACCACAGUCAUCGCAACAACAACAACAACAACAACAGCUGCAGCCGUACAACAACAACAGCAACACAAUUGCUUUGCCAAAAGCAUCGCAUGCCAAUACAAACGAGGAGUUGGCUGGCGGAGUGCAGGACACGAUUUAUCUGUGCAAUUUCCGUGUCUCCGUCGAUGGCGAAUGGCUGUGCCUCAAGGAGCUGCAGGACAUUGAUGUGGCCGGCGGAGUGAAGACCGUUGGCGGCGGUGCUGCGGCAUUAAAUGUAAAUGCUGGGAAUUCCAUUGGAAAUUCUAUUGCUGCUGCUGCUGGAGGUGGAAACUCUAUGGGCAUCUCCAAUGUGCAGUCAUCGCGUCAUCAACAGUCGAAUCAUCAGUUUGGGCAGCGGAACAAACGUUACUCGGGUUUGUCGACGGCGGCGAGCAGCACUCUUGAGGAUAACGGUAUUAUGGCAAUUGAAAAUCUAAUCGGUCGUCGUCUGUGCGACGUUGUCGGCUCAAAUGCACUCGCGGCACCACCGCAUCAGCAACACAAGAAUGUGGGCCUCAUCGGUGGCACACUUGCUGAGUGGUCGCAUCUCUCACGCGACACGGCGGAAAUCGAACGCAGCAAUCUGGUGAACAUCUGUAAGCUGGUCGUCAAGGAGCUAUUGGAGCAAUCGUUGCGCUAUGGACGCAUGCUCGACUCGGAUCAUCUGCCGCUGCAGCACUUUUUCAUUGUCAUCGAGCAUGUGCUGGGCCAUGGCCUGAGGCCCAAGAAGGGUUUGCUCGGGCCGCGCAAAGAGCUCUGGGAUCUGUUGCAGAGCGUCGAGAACUAUUGCCCCGAGGCGCAGGACAUCACGGCCAGCGUUCGGGAUCUGCCCACGGUGCGCACGCACAUUGGACGUGCUCGGGCCUGGCUGCGCAUUGCGCUGAUGCAAAAGAAGCUAUCCGAUUACCUGCAGGCGCUGAUCGAGCAUCGCGAUGACUCGCUCCUCGAUUACUACGAGCCGCAUGCGCUCAUGAUGAGCGAUGAGAUUGUGGUUAUUAUGGGCAUAUUGGUUGGUCUCAAUGUCAUCGAUUGCAAUCUGUGCGUCAAGGAAGAGGAUCUGGAUUCGCAGCAGGGCGUCAUUGAUUUCUCGCUUUAUUUGCGCUCCAGUUCGCGCAAUGCUGAGCCCAACGAGGAGUCCUCAGCACCGCCGGCGCCAAUCGAUGCAGCUGGACAGGGCAACAUGAUUGCUGUGCUCGAUCAGAAGAACUACAUUGAGGAGCUCAAUCGACAUCUCAAUGCAACUGUGGCAAAUCUGCAGGCCAAGGUGGAGUCGCUGACCACUACAAAUGCGCUGAUGAAGGAGGAUCUGGCCAUUGCCCGCAACAGUCUGCUGGCGCUCCAAGCCGAGAAUCAAGCCAUGCGACAAUCUGCCAGUCAGACUGCGCACUCCGACAACAGCUCUAAUGGCAGCAGCAGUGACAAGGAGAAGGCGCAACAGUUCGAGGCUGUCAAUGCCGAGUUGUCGGAUCAGCGCAAAAAGACAAGCGAACUGGACAAAGAGCUCAAAUUGCAGGUGUCCUUGAAGGCCGAGUCCGAUAUGGCCAUGAAGCUGCUGGAGAAGGACAUUCACGAGAAGCAGGACACGAUUGUGUCGCUGCGACGACAAUUGGAUGACAUCAAACAGAUCAAUCUGGAGAUGUAUCGCAAGUUGCAGGAAUGUGAAGAUGAACUCACACAGAAAGGCGAGAUGGUCUCUCGUUUGCAAACGAAAGCCUCACAAAUUGGUAACAUUUUACAAUCGCUAGAAAAGAAAUACGAAUCCAAGCUCGUCGAACAGCAACAGGUGAGCGCCGGCUGCAGUUCCUCAUCAUCUGGCGGGGUCGAUCGAUCACCCAACACUCGACGUCAGCAGAAUCUCCAAAAGUUCGAAGCACUCACCAAGAAGCACAAACAGGACACUGGACCGCCCAUGAAGCGACUUCACCUCAAAAUGGAUGGCAUUCCGCCCUUUAAUCCCAACAACUAUCGCAAGUCUCCAGCCAAUGCAGCUCCUCCUCCGCCCCUGGAGCAGCAGUCUCAAUUGCUGGCCGGAGAUGCCGCUGCCGCUGCCAUUAAGACGCCCACAUCCGCCAAGUCGUUGAACGAUGAACUGGCCGAGGCAGCUGCUGCUGUGACCCAGCACUUUAAGAUUGGCGGCGAUGGAUCUCGCAGUGAUUAUGCGCUGUCCCAGGAUCAGGAGACGACGACGCUGGGCAAUACUUAAAUCGCAGUGGCGAACUGUAGUUAUUAAUUAAUUGUUGAGAAGGCAUUUAUUUAAGUUCUACGAGUAUAACAAUCUAUAAUUUCUGCUGGAUGCGUGUGUGUGUAUAUACACUCUAUAUACUUACGAGUUAUGGUUCCUGAUUCGAUCUGACGACCUGCUGUCACCUGUUGUAGAGUUACAAAAUAACCUAAAUCGGAACACACAAUGUGCAAAACCUGCUUAACAAACAAUAAAUGUUAUUAGCGAGUCUAUGUUUUAUAUAUAUACGAUACGAUAUUACUUGAAUGUACGAUGCCUUCAAUGCUUAGAGAAACUCCCUAGUCAUACUAUAAAUAUUAUAUAUAUACACAUACUAUAUAGAAAAACAAAUGUAUAAUCGUAACAAGUUGUUGAUGAUUCUAAACAAAAUUAUAAGCUGUUAGCCGAAUUCCCUUCCUCUAUAUCCAUGUCCCCCCCAAAA